AGCAAAACAACAGAAUAACAAUGUCCGAGAAUCCGUGUGAAAGAAGAGGGUACUAUGAACUGUACGAGGCUAUAUCCACAAGCCAGGAUGUGUCCACAUCCCAGAGUGUAUCCAUGUCACACGCGCACGAGGACACGAGUCAAUCGGGUGGAAAUGUCUUGACGCUAUACGAAGUCUGCAACGAACCUGGGAUACGGUCUGAUUUAACCCCAAUAGCCAAUCGUCCAUUAAAGAGCAACUUAAAGAAGGAGACCCGUUAUUUGUAUUACGCAGCUGAGGCUCAGGGAGAGCUGCCUCCGCCGAGUGAAGUUGAAAGUUGUUCUGAAAUAGGGUCUGCUCAGACCUUUGACGCCCAGCGGUGUAACGCGGCGCUACUGAC